AUGGGUACCGGCGUGCUUGUUGCUCUAAAGUUGUUAUUCAUAAACGUUAGUCGAGUUCUGAUACAAUACAACGUAUCUUGGUCGAGGAUUGAAUUUUCUGCCAGCGCCGAAACCCCAGGGAGCUGCGCUGUCGACGCUGUGGCCGAAGAUGUCGAACUCGGACGUGAUAUCGGUUCAAGGGUUGCCGGUAACGGCGCCACCGUACCCUCCUCCAUCACUGAUCGAAUUGGCGGUAGUGCCGGUGAUGCUGUACGUGUCGGAAGAGGUGAGGUGAUUGGUGGCAGAUUGCUCUCUACCUGCAACGAUGCUACUGUGGAAGACGCCGUGGUGAAUAAAUUUCAAGGUCCCGAGAAAACUCGGAACUAA